UUUAGGAAAUGCAACCCCCUGGUGAAAGGAAUCAAAGCAUAGUACGGCGAAACAGAUCACGCUCGAUGUAUUCGUUAGCCAACUCGCAACUACUUUACGGACGCAUUCAACGCUUACUUGGAUUCGGCGGAUUUUCCUAUGUUGGCUUCGUCGAAUAUAGCCAGAAUCAGCCGAAGUUCGAGCUCCGAAGCUGAGUUCUUCAGAUCUGCCGCUUUCCAUCUGUAAAUUUCCGCACCUCUUCUUCAUUCAUUCGCUUUCUGUGUUUCUAUCAUUUCUUGUUUGCGAACUGUUGCACAUGGAGAUCUCCCUUUCGCGUUACCAGAGCCUCUCGUUAGAUCAGAUUCAAAGUGGUUGCAGGUUUCGCCAUUUAUUUACGGAGCAGAAGGUGUUUGCGGAAAUCCCUAAAUGGGGAAGCCGAUUUUCGAAGACUAGGUGUUCUUUGGUAGAACGAGGGUUAAAGCCAAGACCCAUGCCGAAACCUUCAAAAGUUAACCGUGAGACGGAGGAAGAGACCCGUUUGGAAGUAGACCAGAUCAGGAGUCCUAGUUCAGGACCAUGUGAUCAGAUAGAGAAGUUGGUUUUAUACAAAAGGUAUCAGGAGGCAUUUGAAUUAUUCGAAAUUUUGGAGUGUGAGGACGGCCGUGAUGUUAGCAGUAGUACUUUUGAUGCCUUGGUGGACGCCUGCAUCAGUUUGAAAUCUGUUAGAGGUGUUAAGAGGGUGUUUAAUUAUAUGAUCAAUAGUGGGUUUGAGCCAGAUCAGUAUAUGAGGAACAGGGUACUGUUGAUGCACGUGAAAUGUGGGAUGAUGAUUGAUGCGCGCAAGAUAUUUGAUGAAAUGCCGCAGAGGAACUUGGUUUCAUGGAACACCAUAAUUGGGGGGCUCGUGGACUCGGGAGAUUACAUAGAGGCUUUUCGGUUGUUUCUAAUCAUGUGGGAGCAGUACUCUGAUGCUGGGUCCCGAACAUUUUCUGUGAUGAUCCGAGCAUGUGCUGGCCUGGAGCUUGUUUUCCCUGGGCAGCAGUUGCAUUCAUGUGCUCUGAAGAUGGGUGUAGGUAAAGAUAUCUUUGUUUCUUGUGCUUUGAUUGACAUGUACAGUAAGUGCGGCGGCAUUGAGGAUGCUCAAUGUGUUUUUGAUGAGAUGCCUGAGAAAACCACGGUGGGAUGGAAUUCGGUCAUUGCAGGCUAUGCACUUAAUGGCUACAGCGAGGAAGCUUUAGACAUGUAUUAUGAGAUGCAGGAUUCUGGUGUCAAAAUGGACCAUUUUACAUUCUCAAUUAUUAUACGAGUGUGUACGAGGUUAGCUUCAUUAGAACACGCAAAACAAGCACAUGCUGGUCUUGUUCGGAAUGGUUUUGGGUCGGAUAUAGUGGCUAACACAGCCCUUGUGGACUUCUAUAGCAAAUGGGGAAGGAUGGAAGAUGCCAGGAAUGUCUUUGAAAAGAUGCCUAAGAAGAAUGUCGUAUCGUGGAAUGCCUUAAUUGGAGGGUAUGGCAAUCAUGGUCGGGGAAUGGAGGCAGUUGAGCUAUUUGAGCGAAUGAUUCGUGAAGGAAUGGUUCCCAAUCACGUUACUUUUCUUGCUGUUUUAUCUGCUUGUAGCUAUUCAAAUUUAGCAGAUCGUGGUUGGGAAAUAUUUGAAUCCAUGAGCAGGGACCACAAAGUUAAGCCCCGUGCAAUGCAUUAUGCAUGCAUGAUUGAAUUAUUAGGUCGAGAGGGACUUUUCGAUGAAGCAUUUGCUUUGAUAAGAGAUGCUCCUUUUCAACCUACAGUGAAUAUGUGGGCUGCUUUGCUGACUGCUUGUAGGGCUCAUAAGAAUUUGGAGCUUGCAAAAUUUGCAGCUGAGAAAAUUUAUGGAAUGGAACCUGAAAAGCUUAGUAAUUAUAUUGUGCUAUUGAAUGUGUAUAACAAGUCGGGAAAGUUGAAGGAAGCAGCUGGUGUUGUCCAGACCUUGCGAAAAAAGGGUUUGAGAAUGCUUCCUGCUUGCACUUGGAUCGAAAUCAAGAAACAACCGUAUGCUUUUCUGUCUGGAGAUAAGCAGCAUAUCCAAACAAAAGAGAUUUAUAAGAAAAUAGGUGAAUUGAUGCGGGAAAUCUCAAAGCAUGGUUAUGUUCCUGAGGAUAAGUUUUUGCUUCCUGAUGUGGAUGAACAAGAAGAGAGAAUGGUAUUGUAUCACAGUGAAAAAUUGGCAAUUGCAUUUGGGCUUAUUAACACCGCUCCUUCUACAGCAUUGCAACUUGUGCAGAGCCACCGAAUUUGUGGUGACUGCCAUAAUGCAAUUAAAAUAAUAGCGAUGGUUACCGGAAGGGAGAUUAUAGUAAGGGAUGCCAGCAGAUUUCAUCGUUUUAAAGAUGGGAACUGUUCUUGUGGGGAUUACUGGUGAUGGUGCUAAUGUUUUGUUGUUGAUGGAAGGAUUGUGACAGUGAAACUGUAAGUCAUCGUUUUCUGUUUCUUCCCUUAAUUUUCUAAACUUUCAGAGUAUAUAUAUUUGUUAUUUUAUCUGUAAUAGCAAUUCCCUGUGAUCAUCAAUAAAACUAGAUCUCUCUCUCUCUCUCUCUA